CCAAGAAGUCCAUAAAAAGUGUCUAGGAAAGACACAACACAAGUCGGAUAACAAUAUGAUUGUCAACUGGAGCUUAAUUAUCAGCCUACAACUCCUUACUGCAGUUGAGGUUGCUGCGUCCCAAAGAGGAAAUCUGCGCAUUGUGGGAGGAAAGGUCCUUUCUAUAGUGAAAGCACCCUGGCAGGUUUCAUUACAAGUGGAUAGGAUUCAUAUUUGUGGCGGCUCUAUUUUGAGCCCUUCUAUAAUUGUAACUGCAGCACAUUGUGCGAGGCCGCUUAGACGCAAGCAUUCACAAAUUCGGGCUGGAUCCAAUAAUUGGAAACGUGGAGGGCAGGUCGCUCAAAUAAAAAAAAUUACUGAGCAUCCGAAGUACAAUGUCGCUACUUUUCAAAACGACGUCGCAAUUUUGCAUUUAAGUACGAAACUUAAAUUUGGUCUGACCACAAAUUCGAUUCAGCUGGCAAGUAAAGCACCACAGAAAGGAGAUCGUGUGUCUGUUUCAGGCUGGGGUUUUACGAGAGAGAACAGUUUUAAUCGUUCACGGGAUUUGCAAUAUGUGUAUGUGAAAAUUAUAAGUCGCCAGUCUUGCCAGAACUCGGGACACGCUAAACAAGGAACAAAAAUAAGAACGGGCRUGAUAUGUGCUGCCGGCAAUAAUAAAGAUGCAUGUCAAGGGGACUCUGGCGGCCCGUUGAUUGGAGAUGGAAAACUAGUUGGUAUUGUUUCAUGGGGCGUGGGAUGUGCUAGAAAGGACUUUCCAGGAGUUUAUACCGAUGUGGCAUUCUACCGGAAUUGGAUAUUAACAGAAUCGAAAAGGAAAGUGUAAAAACUAUAUCAAUCAAUUUAUAUGAAAGUAUCUUUUGUAUUCAUCUACAAUUAAUAAGAAUCCCCCACUAGAUUUUGAUCAUCAUAUAUCACCGAGCAGCAGUAUGUAGUUGAGUUAUCGAUUUUCAUAAACAAACUCGAUAUCCG